AUGCCCAUAUCCACGUCUCCUCCUGUCGCUGCCGCUGCCUCCCCGCCCCUCGCUCCCGCCUCCCAGCGCCGCUACAAGCGCCGCAUUGUGGCCGUCUACAAGGCCAUAGUUCGCUACCAUUACGCCAAGCGUUCAGGCGCAUCCGUUGACCGCGUCCUGGCGCUGGCCGCCUUGCAGCGAGCCAUUCAAGACUUUCGUCUUCACCGCAAAGUCAACUCGUCGGAGCUUCAGCCCGACGUGGUCUUGGCAAAAUGGAACACCCAGGCCCUUUUGAAGAUUUGGGACAAAGACAAAUCGGGCACGGUGGAUUAUCAGGUCUGGCCACAACGCCUCCUCCUCCUCCUCCUCCUGCCCACGUACCCAGCCCAGUGGAAACGAGUUGAUCCCGUGUGGCUCGCCUUCCCGUGCCGAGACCAACUCACCUGCCUUGGCCGGUUCAUCCAGGAAUUUGUUGAUGGUCUCAAGUACAAGUACAACAAGAUGCAGGUGGCCAAGCCCUUGAAGCAUCGAUACCGAGCCCGGUCACCGCGUCCCUUUAGCCCCGACCCCAGCGUCCACUACAGCAAGAACAAGCUUCGACGGGCUGGGAGCAGCCUGAGCGAUGAUCCGCAGCGUUAUCCGCAGCACCGGCCGAGAUCCCGCACUCGCACCAGCCGGACGGCCAGCCAAGAUCCAGAGACCCCGCCCAGUCCCACCCCGCACCUCAUGAACGACUCGAUGGAUUUUGACGCCAUCGACGAUAUCGCAGCUCCAAUGUCAGCACUCCCUCAUCCACUGGCAACAAGCCAAUCGACCGACACCCAGGUCCCAGAGGCCAGUCCCUCUGAGUGGCAGCAACGCCUCGCGGAACUCGAGUCGGAGCGCGAUCAGCACGUGGAAGCCCUACAGGAGCUUCAGGAGACGCUGGCCAACGUCGAGCGCGAGUACGAGGACCAGCUCAACGCGCUGCACAAGCGCCAUCGUCGCAAGGCCUGGCUCAAUGCGGCCCGGCAAGCCCGUCUUCAGGAUGCGGCCGAGCAAGCGGCGGCCCCGCCCCCAAGCACGUGUGACGUGGAUGUUGGCACCCCUGAACUCGCCGCCAUCCAUAUUGACCAGGCCACACAAGUCGAGCCAUUGACAAUCGAGCGGGGGUCCAGCGCCUUGGAGUUGGCCCUGCCAGACGAACGAGAAGCUGCAUCGUCUUCAGUUCUCGCAACCCCGGCGACACCAACGGAAGCGAUGUCACACUCUGAAGCUGCCGUGCAAACGGAUCCGGUUCCGGUGGUUGAAACUCAACUACCAGAGAUUCUUGGCGUGGAAAGCGCUUCAGACACACAGGAAGUUAGGACCGGCUCGGCAAUUGCCUGCCAAACAGAUCUUCACUUGGGGCACAUGGAGCGGCUGGCUGCCAUGAGCCGUGUCGGUGCCAAUCAUCUUGCUCGUAUUGCCGAGCGUGUCGAUUGUGGCGUGCAAGCGGCGAUCGAGUCCGACGUCGCCAUGGCAAACACAGCCAUCAUUUAUGGCCACGCACCUGAUGCCGACACCAGCCUGGCACAGAUUCAAUCCAUUGCCCCGCCCCUUCGUGCGCUGCCUGAACCGGGCGAACCUCCUGUUGCGUCUUUGCGUCCGCAGCUCGAAGCAGUUCCCGAGCAUUCCAAUUCAGAGACAGGCUCGGGAGAAACAUCAGAGCAUUGGUCACACAUCAACGCCGUGCUCACCCAUCCCUCAACUUUGGACGAACAAGAGCCCACAGUCCCUGGGACCACGCCAUUACCCGAUAGUGAGCGUGUCUACGUGCUUGUGCGUCGAGGUCGCGACCUGGCCACGCCUCCAGCCAACCAACGCCCCCAGUCAAUGAAGACUAAAAUCAGCAGCCCACUCCGCGCUGCAGGGCCUCGUGCCUCUCGCCGGCGUCGUGCAGCCGCACAGAUUUAUGAGGCAGCCCGGCGUAUCACCGUUCCUCGACCAGCAGUCGAUCAAUCGCGUGCACGAGGCGACCAACUUGAGCAUUUUGUUGAGGAAACCAUCAAUGUGCCAGUUUUUCAGACUCGGGCUGGCGUCAGUUUCUCGCACAGGCAGACGCAUGUCUAUGCUUUGGCUUGUGCUCACAUUUUUACGGGCCCGGGGCACUCGUCACUGUAG